AUGACAAUUUGACAGUUAAAUUGUCAUUUCAAUAAGCAAAAAUACAACUCAGAACAAAGUGUGAAAUAGUGCAAAAAUGUCGACAAUUAACGAUGUGGCGACUAUUUACAAGCAACUAAAGUCAGAAUGGAACAGUUCUAAACCUAAUUUAGCAAAAACCGAACAGCUACUUUCGGAAUUGAAGUUGGAAUUAACAAAUUUAAUGUUUUUGCCCACCUCGAAUGCCACUGCUAGUAAACAGGAGUUGCUUUUAGCGAGAGAUGUGCUGGAAAUUGGAGUCCAGUGGAGUAUAGCGAGUAAUAACAUCCCAGCUUUUGAACGCUACAUGGCCCAGUUGAAGUGCUACUACUUUGACUAUAAAGAUCAGCUUCCUGAAUCGUCAUUCAAAUAUCAGUUAUUGGGUUUAAAUUUGUUGUUUUUGUUGUCCCAAAAUAGAGUUGCGGAAUUUCACACAGAGUUAGAACUGUUGCCAGCAGAGAAUAUUCAGAACGAUGUCUACAUCAGGCAUCCAUUGUCUAUAGAGCAGUAUUUGAUUGAAGGAAGUUAUAACAAGAUAUUUUUAGCAAAAGGUAAUGUUCCUGCGAAAAAUUACAACUUUUUCAUGGAUAUUUUGUUGGACACAAUCCGUGGCGAAAUCGCCGUUUGUGUAGAAAACGCGUACGAGAAAAUUUCACUGAAAGACGCUGCAAGAAUGUUGUAUCUACCUAAUGAAGAGGCUGCAAAAGCAUUUGGAGCUAAAAACAAAAAGUGGAAGUUGGGGCGUGAUAACUUUUUCCACUUCGCCCCUGAAGUCAAGAAAACAGAUGAACCCAUCCCUUCAAGUGAAUUGGCAGAACAAGCAAUUGAGUAUGCCAAGGAAUUAGAAAUGAUAGUUUAAUUUUUCUUAUUUUUUUUUUAUAUUAAAAUUUAGAUUUAAAUAACA